AUGGGGUGCCUUACAAUAUGUAGUGUGUUGGUCCCACUGCUGGCCAUUGUUGCCCCGAUUGCAAUGAGUGCAGCAUUUGAUGGCCGAUUUUGGGAUGUCUUCCCAGCAUGGGAUGUGAAGGACAUGCCCGACCUGUCUGGAAAAGUUGCCAUCAUCACUGGUCCAACAGUUGGAGGUAUUGGCUUCGAGUCCGCUGCUGAAAUGGCGAAGAAGGGUGCCCAGGUGAUUUUGGCGGGACGCAGUGAAGCGAAGGGCAAUGAAGCGCUCAAGCUGCUUCUGCAGCGAAUUCCACACGCGAAGGCCGAGUUCAUGAAACUUGAUUUGGGCAGCUUGCAGAGCGUCAAAGACUUUGCAGACCAAUUUGGAGCCAGGAAUUUGCCUUUGCAUAUUUUGCUCAACAAUGCUGGGGUGAUGGCCAAUCCCUUCACACUCACCGUCGAUGGUCUUGAAAGCCAGUUUGGCACUAACCACAUUGGGCAUUUUCUGCUGACCAAGCUGCUUCUGCCACAUUUGGAGGCACUGCACGUCAGUGAUGCAGACGAGCAUGACAAUACUUUGUACGGCCUCUUGCCACUGCAUUUUCUGUGCCAUGAGAAUGCAAUCCCUCUUGCAGAUUUACUGGCCUGGUUGACGCAGCGCCAGCCGUGGACUUUGACAGACUUGGAGCCGACUACGAGGCCAGCCAUUUUCUCAAUUGUUCUCACAGAACUUGAACCAACGGCUUGGAACAGCAAUCCCGAUGAUUCAUUUCUGCGACGAUUGGACUGGUGGAUUUGCGGAAUCACAGUGAACCUGCAUGAACCUGCCUACUGA